GUGAUACCUUGAUGACAUCGAAAGCUACUCUCAUAGAAAAUGCCAGGGAACCGUCCACGAUCUCAGGAUGAGCCUUUUUGUUGGAGGUUAGUGCGAGAUCUGCAUAUGCAGCCCGCCCUCAAUCUGCGUGCCCAAUGACUCGAACACUAUCAAAAGGGCGCAGAGAUAUCCUCAAGUACGCUCAGAAUCAGGACUUGCUAUUCAUGUUUUGUCAACGAAGCGCGUGAGCCUAACAUAGAGCAUUUUCGAAAGAGAAGGAAAAGGACCAAGCCCACCAGCCUCCCCACCGUUAGCUGAAAAGAAGCAUUUUGGCAGUCAACCAACAGAUACCCAACACCACUCAACAUUGUCGUUUCUUGACUCAACAUUUCGCCAGCACUCGCGUUCUAGGAGCAUCUAGAGGCAUAACCCGAUAUACUCAAUCAACAUGGCCACCAAGCCAAACCCUCAGCUGAUCCCCGACCCUCUCCGCCCCUUCGACACAACCCGCCUCGCCUUUCGCGCAGUCCGUCAACCCGAAGACCUCGCCCUUUACCUCGCCAUAGGCAACGACCAGGACGGCUUCAUGAAUAGCAACUUCACCAACACUGCCCUGCCCAGCACCGCCGACGCCACAAAAUUCAUGAAAAGCGUGGCCGAGGACUCCCUCCUCGGCGCAACAAUCUGGCUAAAGGAGACCCAAACCUCCAAAGAAGACGAAGAGAUGCGCAACAAUGGCGCGCCUUGGGGGAAUCUGAAGAGCGAAUGGGGCACAGCUAUAGGCGAGAUCCAUCUCUCGCGCCUCCCGCCCAAUGCCAUCCACCACAGGUCGACAGAAAUUGGUAUUGAUAUCCUUCCCCCCUUCCAAGGCCGCGGCUACGGACGCGAAGCUAUUAAGUGGGCCUUGGACUACGCAUUCCGUCGUGCAGGGCUGCACAGAGUGCGGAUCCGGGCAUUCGAGUGGAAUACGGGGGCAUUGAGGUUAUAUGAGAAGGUGGGGUUCAAGGUGGAAGGAAGGGAGAGGGAGGCGCUGUGGCAUGAGGGGCGGUGGUGGGAUGGUGUGGAGUUGGGGAUGCUGGAAGGGGAGUGGUGGGCAUUGCAAAGGGAGCAGGAGAAGAAGAAAGGCAAUCAGGAUGAAGAAAGGCGGACAAGUCGGGCUAUUAGGAUCGAGUCUAGUCAGUAG